AUGAACAGUACAUAAGGGAAGUGCCUACAGUCAAAGACUUACAGUUCAGCUGAGCCGCUCACACAUUCUCUCAUUUCACUGAAGGCUUUGCUCUAGGAUGCCUUUACAGCUCAAUUCCACCUCUUGGAUUCUUUUAUGCCUGCUUCUCCAAUGCCUGGCAGACAAUCCUGGCGUCAAAAUUCAAAUUACCCAGAAUGGACUGUACUAUGGAGCAGAGUACUUGAUCUCUCAGAUCUCAUCGGUGUCCCUUUCUGAUAUCACUGGCAGUGUAACCAUUGCAUCACAGUCAAUGGACUAUUCGCUUACUCAGGUAAAGAUGGUGAGUUUCCAAUAUUCAAAUAGUUCCGCAAAUUUCAUUCCUGAAAAAGGGUUCCAGAUAUCGAUCUAUGGUGGGAACUCCACCGUGAAUGGUACCUGGCAGCUGGACAGCUCUAUAAUGCAAGACAGUGGAUUAAGCAUUUUGACUUUAAAAGGGAUAUCUGCCACAGUCACCCUGGGAAUGCGUCAGAGUAACAAAAAUAUGGUAUCAAUUUUCCUCAUUAGCUGUCAGUCUGAGAUUAAUGGAAUUGAUUUCAGAGUUGAAGGGGGAGUUGAUUACGUCUAUGAUGCUGUUAAAGGGCCAAUGGAGAAUAUAAUACGCAGUAAAGUUAAUGAGAUGUUAUGUUCAGCUCUGAGGCUACAGAUUUCAGAUUGGGACCAAUCUCUGAGUGCCUUUCUAUCAAAUAUGUCUCUCAGUUCUGGGCUUGAUUUAUCUCUUACUAAAGACCCAAUAUUUUCAAAGCAGUACGCUGAGAUGGAUGUGAAGGGGGGGUCUGACACAAAUAUAAGUAUGGCUGGAGGUCAUCCUUCUGCACCAAUGACCUUCUCAAAGCUUCCAGACUCCAUGGUACAAGUUUGUAUCUCAGAGUUUUCACUGAAUGUUGCCAUCAGAGCUUCCUUUGCAGCAAAUGUUUUUACAAACCUCUUCUCAGGCUUCACGAGUUUCAGAAAUAUAAGAACAUCAGACCUGAGUGAUUUCUUGCCCGAGAUUUCCCAGCAUUUUCCAGAACCCUCACCAGUGCAGAUUCGAAUAUAUCAGUCUACUGCUCCAACUUUAUAUGUGAAGCCAAGUAAUGUGACAGUGGCCUUUGUUGGAGUCCUUCAGACUUACGCCAUGCCUUCAAAUACCACAAGACGUCUACUUUUCACUGCCACCACAGCUUUCAGCAUCAGUUCCAACAUUUCUGUAUCAAACAAAAGUCAGGCAAAUGGGAUGAAUAUUACUGGAUCCAUCAUUCUGAGCAGCUUCCAGCUGCAGAUAAACAGGAAUGAGUCAUCUAUCAAUAUUCCUGAGGAUGUCAGCAAUGAGAAAGGGAUCCAGGAUAUUAUUAAGGUUACUUUCACCACAUUUUUAAAUGAAAAAAUUGGAAAGGCUGGCAUAUACAUCCCGCUGGACUUUUUGAGGAACCUUUCUAUCUACAUGAAAGACAGAUUUAUACUGCUGGCUGGUGAUUUGCAAAUGUCUUCUGAUUUCCUUUCUUCGUAGCAGAACAACGGCAAGUUAAGAUUGUGGGAUUUAACAAAGCAAACACUUAAAAAUUGUGUGUAAAUAACUGUAAUUGUUGCAAGUGUGGAGAGGUCCUUUACUGAUUCCCUUUCCAGUUGGUCUGCCUGCCCCAAAUCUUUUUACAUUACGAGGGUUUUUAGCAAUGAUA